CAGGUGAUGGAGUCGCCUAGCGUCGUCGCGGCCGUCGUGACCCUGCUCUCGACGACAGAGGGCCGGACCAAGGUCUACCGCUUCCUCCAGUACAUGGCCAAGUCGGUGCGCAUCUCGGUCUACUCCAAGGAUGCAGACGUGACGGUCGAGCCCCGUGGCCUGCGCUGGCUGCGCACGAUCGAGUCGUUGACCGCGUCGGCGCGCAAGGCCAACCGCCUCUUCCGGUUCUUGGACAUGUACGUCUUGUUUCCGACGCUGCGCGACCGCGAUAGCACGGUGCGCCGGCUACGACAGGCGCGCGUGCUCACGUUCUUCUUCAUGUUCCUCUUUGAGAACCUCUCCAUCUUCUUUCCGCAGCCGACAGCGAUCGAGGGCGUCCCCAUGACGCUGCACCUCUCGCGGUACAGCCACACGAUGUGGCUGCUCUCGAUCCUUCUCGGGAUCGUGCUGGACCACAAGCUAGCGCGUGGGUCCGCGUCCACGACGCUCAAGCACCUCCUUGAGCUUCCGAUUGCGACCAUCCUCGCGCUGCGCCUCCGCGUGAGCGAUGCUACCAUGUGCAGUCUUGGCCUCUCGAGCUCCGUCUUGAGCCUCGCACUACACUCGCAUCGCACGAGCGUCGCGCGCCACGUCACGGGCUGCGACCGCCAAGUCGAGUAGUCGCUUCCUACCCUCGCACGCACCACCGUCUUGCAUCAUUACUCUGUCGACCGUAAUAAUUUAAAGUGAC